AAAAGAAUCAGUUCCUGAUAGGACGUUGUCACAAGAACGAACAUGACGACCAUUAAUAGAGUUUCGCAAGUGGAGUACGCUUGCGGAUGGAACUUCUACACGAUGAAAUUCAUGGGUAUAUGGCCAGAGGAAAGAAAGUUCGAUCGAAUCUCGAGCUACAAAGUAUUAAUAGGGAUUAUCUUCAUCCUCUCAUUCUGCACUAUACCUCAGUACAUACUACUCUAUUAUGAUCGACGUGAUUUCGACUUGGUUAUAGAAAAUCUAUCUUUAGACACCAUAAAUGGAACGAUCUCAUUCGUAAAGAUGAUCUUCUUCUGGUUUAACGGAGGACUCUUAUCAAUUGUUUCCAUUGAAGCAAUAAAAGAUCUUCUCCGCGCAAUGGAGGAAGAUUGGAAGGAAGUAUCUACGAAGGAAGAUGAAACGAAAAUGAUGAAAUAUGCAAAAUUCAGCAAGAAUCUAGCUAUGAGUGCAACCCUUAUCUGUUAUGCUGUCAUCGUUAUAUAUACUAUCAAGAGAUGCCUAUCGAUGCGUACCGAGGGUCGUCUUCUAUUCUUCCCUGCGUAUUUUCCAUUUGAGACUAUGACUAGUCCAACAUUCGAAUUUAAGUUCAUCGGUCAAAUGAUAGGUACAACUUAUUAUACAGUAAUGUAUACGUCAGUGGAUACUUUCUUAGCCAUGUUGAUCCUUCACGUGUGUGGACAACUUUCGAGACUACAAAACGUUCUCGUCAAUUUGAAUUCCGCUACGAGACAAGAAUUUCAAAUCAAAUUAAGUUACAUCGUAAAAAGGCACGAUUAUUUGAACAGAUUCAUCGAUACGAUAGAGGACCGAUUCAAUUUAAUGCUCCUCUUUCAAAUACUCGCUUGCACCGUGCAACUCUGUAUGGAAUGUUUUCAAGGACUUUUGUUAAUGGUCAGUGGAAAAAUGCAAGUAGUAGAGAUUGGAUUCUUCGCACUCUACAUCUCUUACGUUCUACUUCAAUUAUAUCUCUACUGCUACGUCGGUGAAAAACUUUGGUCCGAGAGUACCGAACUUGCUACUGCCGCAUACGAAUGUAAAUGGUACGAUUUACUACCGAACGAGGCUAGAUGCCUGAUAUUGAUAAUUCGUCGAGCACGAUCACCUUUGCGUCUGACAGCAGGAAAAUUCUUUACUUUAAAUCAUGAACUUUACAGCAGCGUUUUGAAGACGACAAUACUCGACGUCUACGAGAGCACUAGUCCGUGGUCAAACAUUUCCGACAUGAAUUUAAUAAAUAAUAAAUAUGGUAUUACCCUAGCUUUUGUUAGGGCAUGCGCUAUGAAAGUUACCGAACUUAUGCUUCUCGAAAUAAGAAAGGAACCGCCCGGAAACAGUUCUUGGUACGUUCUUGUCGCAAAAGCCUACAUGGAUAAAAGUCGAGUGGAUGAUAAAAAAAGUUCACACGUCCAUUACGCUUGUGGCUGGAACAUCUACAGCAUGAGAUUCAUGGGGCUUUGGCCGGAUGAGAAGUUGAUCAGCCCAUCGAAGAACAUAAAAGUUUUCUCCGCGAUAUUUUUCAUGUUUUUUUUCGUAAGCUUACCGCAAACGAUAAAUCUUUUCUUCAUAUGGGGUGACUUCGAUCUGGUCGUAGAAAAUCUAUCUAUGGAUAACAUGACCAUUUCUAUUGCGAUUCUGAAGACCAUGGCUUUUUGGUUUAAUGGAAAAUCCCUGAAAGGACUGUUAAACUUCAUGGAAAAGGAUCGCAAAGAAGCUACGAAAGAAGAUGACGUUAAAAGGAUGAUGAUAGUAGCUGAAAUCUCAAGAAAAAUAACCAUAACGGCCAACAUAAUGUGUAACAGCCUCGUCGUUUUUUACGCCAUAAUGCAUUUGGCAACAAAUUAUGCGAGCGUCCGUGGACUCUUCUUCCCAGCCUAUUUUCCAUGGGAAACGAAACCCAGUCCAAAUUACGAAUUAAUCUUCUUCGGACAGUUAAUGGGCUCCUUUUAUGCUUGCGCUACUUAUUCCGUGGUCGACACAUUUGUCGCUACUCUGGUUUUACACGUUUGCGGACAAUUGGCUAAUCUGAGGCACGAGCUAAUUAAUUUGCGAAGGGAAACGAAUAAUGAAUUUCAGGCAAAGUUAGGACGCAUCGUGAAGAAACACGAAUACCUUAACGGAUUCACAGAAACGAUUGAAAAUUGCUUCAACAUUAUGUUACUGAUUCAGAUGUUAGGAUGUACCAUAACACUCUGCUUGGAAAGCUUUCAAACGCUCGAAUCUCUAACAGGUGAAAAGGAUAAAUUCUUUCUAUUGGAACUCGGAUGCGCAGCAUUCUACGUCUGUUAUAUCCUAAUUCAACUUUAUCUCUAUUGUUACGUGGGCGAGAGACUUCUUUCAGAGAGUACAGAAAUGGCGACUGCUGCCUACGAAUGCGAAUGGUACAAUUUGUCACCGAACGAAACAAAAUGUCUCAUACUGAUCAUGCGCCGCGCGAGAUCGCCCUUGCGCAUUACAGCUGGAAAAUUUUGUUCCUUCAAUCACGAGCUUUUCAGCGAAGUCGUUAGAACAUCAAUGGGUUAUUUAUCGGUUCUCUACGCAGUGAAGACCGAAGAAUAAAAAUAAACAUACAAUGUCUGUAAACAAAAUAUUAUAAUUAUUGUAAAGUCUAGUAAUAUUGUUCGAAUAAUAACUAGGCAAACAAAAUAAAAUCAAUGUGUAUUUCUG